ACAAGACACUGCUGCAUGGCGGGUUUCCUGCGUCUGAAUGCCAUGCUGUUUGCGGCAACACCAGCAUGUAUGGCGUGCUGGUCGUAUGUGCUGGGGAAAUGGCUGGAUCUGCUGAUGGACUGCCUAAAGUCCGCACACAUGUCGCUGUCGGUGCGCCAGGACUCGUUCCGGGCGUUUCUGGACCUGGCGGGUGCCUACACCAUGGCUCCGCUGGAGCCGCUGACUGCUGAGGCCCUGCGCAGCAUUUCCACAGCGGUCAACCGCUACGCCAGCGAAUGCCAGGCGGUGCCUGACUGGGUGUGGGCGGCGGUGAUUGCCAAGCUGAGGCAGCUCAUCGGAGACACUUCCGUUGACAUGGCCGCCAUCGGACGGGGUCUGACGCUGGCAGCCGAGCGCGAGGCGGCGCGGCAGUGCGGGCUGCAUGCGCGCAUCCUGAAGCUGGUGUACUUGCUCAGCGAGGAGCACCCGGACAGCGGCCAGGCGUGGGCUUGGCUGGCGAUGCUGGAGAACUCGCACAUACAUGCCAGCACCAUGGUGAGGCAUGGCCAAGUAAGGCGUCUGGUCAAGCAGGGGGACUUGACACUGCUGGGGCCGGCCUAUAUGCGCCUGGAGCUUGUGGCUCACGCGGCCCGCAUCUCAGUCGCGUUCCGCCAGGCUGUGUCGCCAGACGGCUGCAGCCAUGAGAGGCUGAGCCAGCUAGUGGACGACCUGGUGGGCAUGUCGGCCGAUAUUGUCGAGAGCUACUUUUUCACCCAGCCCGCCGCCGGCACGCCAACCGAUAUCGGUCUGAUAUCUAUUGCGCAUACCGUAGCUGCUACGCUGGAGCUGUGGGCUGACGUCUAUGUGCUGGGCAGCCAGGGCCAGAAGGACUCGGCCAUUGGCAUGCAGCUGGCAGGCAGCGUCGACGCACUGGUGCUCAAGGUGUGCGACGUGCUGGAGGUCACCGAGCAGCCGUUCGUGCGCAAGGCUGCCGCCAAGUUCAUGCGCAGUGCGCUCUGCUACCUGUCGACAUGACAAACUAACCUCCCUACGUUUAUUUCCUUUCCAAAAUUCAAG